CCUUUCGACAUUCCCGCUUCGAAGUUCAACAACCUACCAGAUCAUGUCUAAAGUCAUCCUCGUUACUGGUGCCAACUCUGGCAUUGGGUUUGAACUCACCCGCUUGCUCGCUCAAAUGGGGCAUACAGUUUACUUAGGAGCGAGAAAUCCGGUCGCAGGUCAAGAAGCCCAAGAUAAGCUUUACGCUGAAGGGCUAGACGGCGUCAAGUUCAUCGAGUUGGAUGUUACAAACUUGACGACCAUCGUCGCAGCGAAGGAAGUCAUCCAGAAGGCAGAGGGACGUCUUGACGUGCUCGUCAACAAUGCGGGUGUCAGCUGUAUGGAUCGACCGCAGGCGGCGUCGACCAUCGAUCUCGCUAUCGUCCGCGAGGCAUUUGAACCCAACUUUUUCGGUUUGAUCCAAACAACCACAACCCUCCUCCCGCUCAUCCUCGCUGCCCCUAACGGCGUGAUUCUCAAUGUCUCUACUGACAUGGCGUCAAACAAUCACCAAUCGAAAUCGGAUUACCUUCACUUCGCGGCUUACAACACCAGCAAGGCCGCUGCCAACUCAUAUACUAUCGCGCUUUCACACGACUUGAGGAAGGAGGGCAUCAAAGUUAAUGCUGUGACUCCUGGGUACACAUCGACCAAGUUGAACUCCUUUGGAGAGGGCGGAAAGAGUGUUAUGGCUGGUGCGGAGAUAUUGUUACCUUGGGCAUUGCUGGAUAAGGAUGGUCCUACCGGUUUGUUCAUUGAUGAACAUGGCAAGGAGAUGCUUUGGUAAAUCUGUAAAUCUGUAUUUUUUUGUAUAAGUAUGGUGAGGAAGUUGUAGCAGCCGGAGAAACGGCCCGCGGCCCUGUGCAGCAUCAAUUAGCGAUGAGUGAGCAACUGGUUACACUUGAGACAGGGUCCAAAGAAUAUUCAGGACAAAUUUGGACAUAUGUACGUCCAUAAUUGUGGCCAUUUGUAAAAUAAAGAAGCUGGUGUGCAUCCGG